AUGCUACCCCCAUCAACGCCAGGAAUGGGAAUGCACAAAUUAGGAGAGGCCCUACCGCCUACUCCGCAAAGAGAACAAUCACCUUCGCCAGAAACGAGGCGCAUGCAGAAUUUAGAAAUGAUGGUCCGGAUGGCCGUAAACGCCGCAAUUCAAGACAACAACGCAGAAUGGGAAAGGCAAUUCCUACAAAGAGACGCAGAAGUUGCAGGCUUGUGGAGAAGGCUCGCAAUGCAGCCACCGCAGCAACAGCAACAGACGGACCGGCCUAUCAGACAUGAAGCCGGCUACAGAAAAACCGCAUUGGCCAAGCCUGAGCCAUAUGACGGUAAUAAGAAGAAGUUCCGGAACUUCUUCGAAUCAUUACAGCUUCAUUUUGGAGCAAACCCAGAAUAUUUCCGGAUAGAGGUCAACAAAAUUAACUUUGCCCUAUUAUAUAUGACAAGUGGAGUGGCGGCAGCAUUAAGAACAGAAUGGGUGGAGAGGAAGAUGCUGGCAGACGAAAGAACAGACAUUGAAGAAAUGGAACAAUUGGAAAGCUGGGCUCAUUUCGAGUCCAUGCUAAAGGACCAUUUUCAAGAUGCGUUCAAAGAAGAAAGGAGCAAGUACGAAAUCAUGUACUUGAAACAAGGUACUCUCACUGCGCAAGAGUAUUUUGUAAAAUUCAAAGCAACCAGACGACGCGCAGGAUAUAACGUGAAAGGAAACGAACAAUUCCUGAUCACGUUAAUCAGAAACAACAUCAACGCCCCGUUGAUCAAACAAAUUAUCUACUCGGGAAACAUUCUGAAAACAUACACCCAGUGGAAAACAAGAAUCAUUACCAAUGAUCAACUAUGGCGAGAUCAAGCAGAAAAUGAGCGACUCCUAAGAUCAGACUUCUAUUCAGAAGAAGACCAACUCCCGUUGGAAAACCUCCAUUCAGAACCACGUUCUCGAACUUGUCUUCGGAUAAGUCUCUUUACAAACCUCGACGAACCCUCAGACUUUGUUAAGCACUUCGUUUGGGAAGAAAAAGUCGACAAGACGUCGCAACAACCAACAACCAGAUCCCAGAGAGCAAGAGGAAGCUCAGACAACCCACAAACAGCAACCCCACCGACGUCAUCCCGACAAGAAAGGAUAGCAGCACCACCUCCCUUUCCCCAACCAGACGUAACCCAACUCCACACCAGAGAACAAGCAGACACUUUCUACAAAGCCAGAACACGUUGGCUACAGUACUACACAGGAAGCCACCCACAGCUACUGCCCACAACACAACACGAUCCCCCAGUAACCGUAGAAAACCUCUACGACAAGAACGACUUUGAAGAGUUUGCAGCAGGCGGCGACCCGAUACCACCUCCCACUCCACAGAUACUCCCCGCCGCACCUGCCCUGUCCCACAUCCCACCACCACACACCAUGUCUAAUGCUGCAGCCCCCAAACCCACGAAAAUUGGGAAAAUCAAUGACUUCGAUGGAACCCCAGAUAAAGCCCAAAGGUGGAUAUUGUCCACCAAUCUACACUUUGAUAUCAACAACACCAUCUACAACUCCAACAAGAAAGAGGUAUAUGUGGCCCUCAGCUACAUGAAGGACGGCAACGCCGCCUCAUGGAGUGAAGCCAAGAUGACCGAAUACAAAGAGAAGAAUGCCUACCCCACAUGGGCAGACUUCAUGAAAACCUUCACAACCAGUUUCAGAAUGGCAAACACCAAAGGAACGGCCUCGGCCGCCUUGAUGAAAAUGAAGAUGGAACAAGGAGAAAAUGCAGUAGCGUUUAACUCAAGGUUCAUGCUAGAUGCUGGGAAAAGCGGCAUCAACAAUGAAGCCAUGAUCAUGGUUUAUCAAAAGGCUAUCCGGCCACCCCUCCUUCGCGGGGCACUCACCGGAAAGGAACUACUCACCAUCGAAGACUGGAUGAGCACAGUAGCGGACCUAGACGCUAACUGGAUCAGUGCCAACGCUAUCUCGGAAGGAGCGUGGGGCGCCAGAAACAAAGAAAGACAGAACAACAGAAAUCGCAAAAGUGGACCAUCCACUAACACCAGAAGAUUAACCAAAGACGAAGAAGAAUCAAGGAGGAAAGAGGGAAGAUGCUUCAUAUGUAACGAGAAAGGACACAUAGGAAGGAAUUGUAGGAACAAAGGAAAAACUCCCGAAAGAAAGGUACGUCAAACCGAAACGGAAGAUGACACCAAAACAGUGGUAGAAGAAGACAGGGUCCAAAACAUCAUGAGGAUGUGGAGGGAAUUAGGAGAAGAUCAAAGAACAGAGGCAAUGAAAGAAUUGGAAGACGAGGGUUUUUAA